UGGCAAUCCAGCAUUCAUUGCCUUUGCCCUUGUUCUCAUCCCUAACUUCAUUAGAGAGUCUGGCGUGUCAUUUGCCCAACAUUAACCCACAAAAGCUGAACAGUAUCUGUGCGGAGCAGUAAUUUGUGAAAUAAUGCAGAGGUCGGGAGUGUCACUGUCAGUCAGGUGGACGUGUCCGGCCGAGAGAAUGCUUUGCUGGCAGACCGCUGUGGGGCUGAGAUCUUUGAAGCCGGUAGAAAUUGCCAAGGAAGCCUCCGAAGCUUGGGCUCCAUAUAGUAGCUUCAAUUGAAUUGGGGUCUUGGUCUCGGAGGUGCUGACAGAUGCCCGGGACACCUGUCCCUGCAGAGAUCGCCUCCCCCAUGGCGCGGUCUCCUCCCGAUCCGAUGUGUGUACUGCGCGGGACACGGGCUGCGGUGAACACACUGCACUUCUGCUGUGGAGAUCAGGCCGGCUCUGAUCUCGCCCUCUUCUCUGGCUCAGCCAAUGGACUGAUCCACAUUUGGAAUCUGAAGACGCACAGGGCAGACACAGUUCUGGGGGGUCACAGUGGCCAGUCUGUAUUAUGGGUACAAACUCUACAACACAGAGAGACGCUGUUCAGCCAGGGGCGUGAUUCGGCUGUGCGUGUGUGGGACCUGGCGGAGGGGAGGAGUGCAGUAACAGACUCCAUCCCAGUGGAGAGUUAUGGCUUCUGCCAGGGUUCCCUGCUGGAGGGCAAUGCUGGUCACUACCUGCUAGCUUUGCCCGGGAAAGCCACCUCAGAGGUGAAGAUCAUAGAUGUAGUUAAUAAGACGCCAGUCUGCACUCUAAACCCGGCAGCAGAUGCUAAACUGGGCAUGCCCAUGUGUCUGAAACUAUGGCAGCUCGAGCCCUGCUCUCGGCCCCUGCUACUGGCCGGCUAUGAGGACGGAUCGGUGACCCUGUGGGACGUGUCGGAAGGGAGAAUGUUGACCCGGCUGGCCUGCCAGGGAGAACCAGUCAUGUGUCUUGACUUUGACCCCCAGAAGGCCAAGGGUAUCUGCGGCUCUUCGGCAAAGCUUCUCAGCUCCUGGACACUUGACAGGCAACAGAGCCUAAAGUCUCAAGAAGUGUUGGAGCUGGUAAACCCUGGAGUGGCUCAGGUGUGCCUUCGUCAGGACAAGAGAAUUCUAGCCACCGCCGGCUGGGAUCAGCGCAUCCGUGUAUUUAGCUGGAAGAAACUGAAAGCUUUGGCAGUGCUGCAGUACCACACAGACAGUGUGCACUGUGUGACCUUCUCUGACCACUCCGCUCUGUCACCAAGACUCCUAGCCGCAGGCUCGAAAGACCAGCGCAUCAGCUUGUGGUCUCUCUACAACCAGACGUGAAACAGGUUGAUUUUGCUGUUACGGCAAUUCCCAGUGUUGAGGGAUUAUUACCCCCGGUAAGCGAUACGCCAAUCGACUAAC